UCCGCGGCGCAGAAAAGCGUCUGAGCGCGCUGCUGCAUCCGCGGAGCCGAAGCCGGGAGCCCAAGCGGCGGCCGGAUCGCAGCCCACUGGGCCAGCAGCAGCCAUGGGCAACCGUGGCAUGGAGGAUCUCAUCCCGCUGGUCAACCGGCUGCAGGAUGCCUUCUCCGCCAUCGGCCAGAACGCGGACCUCGACCUGCCGCAGAUCGCCGUGGUGGGCGGCCAGAGCGCCGGCAAGAGCUCGGUGCUCGAGAAUUUCGUAGGCAGGGACUUCUUGCCCCGAGGAUCUGGCAUUGUCACGCGACGCCCCCUGGUCCUGCAGCUGGUCAAUGCUACCACAGAAUAUGCCGAGUUCCUGCACUGCAAGGGGAAGAAAUUCACUGACUUCGAAGAGGUGCGCCUGGAGAUUGAGGCUGAGACCGACCGGGUAACAGGCACUAACAAGGGCAUCUCUCCAGUGCCCAUCAACCUCCGCGUCUACUCGCCGCACGUGCUGAACCUGACCCUAGUGGACUUGCCUGGAAUGACCAAGGUCCCGGUGGGGGACCAACCUCCCGACAUCGAGUUCCAGAUCCGGGACAUGCUUAUGCAGUUCGUCACCAAGGAGAACUGCCUCAUCUUGGCCGUGUCCCCGGCCAACUCCGACCUGGCCAACUCUGAUGCCCUCAAGGUCGCCAAGGAGGUGGACCCCCAGGGUCAGCGCACCAUCGGGGUCAUCACUAAGCUGGACCUGAUGGACGAGGGCACAGAUGCCCGCGAUGUUUUGGAGAACAAGCUGCUCCCGCUGCGUAGAGGCUACAUUGGAGUCGUGAACCGAAGCCAGAAGGACAUCGAUGGUAAGAAAGAUAUCACAGCUGCCUUGGCUGCUGAACGCAAGUUCUUCCUCUCCCACCCUUCCUACCGCCACUUGGCUGACCGCAUGGGCACGCCCUACCUGCAGAAGGUCCUCAACCAGCAACUGACAAACCACAUCCGGGACACGCUGCCAGGGCUGCGAAACAAACUCCAGAGCCAGCUGCUGUCCAUCGAGAAGGAGGUGGAGGAGUACAAAAACUUCCGCCCUGAUGACCCAGCGCGCAAGACCAAGGCUCUGCUACAGAUGGUCCAACAGUUCGCUGUAGACUUUGAGAAGCGCAUCGAAGGCUCAGGGGACCAGAUUGACACCUAUGAACUGUCGGGGGGCGCCCGCAUCAACCGGAUCUUCCAUGAGCGCUUCCCUUUCGAGUUGGUCAAGAUGGAGUUUGACGAGAAGGAACUCCGAAGGGAGAUCAGCUAUGCCAUCAAGAAUAUCCAUGGCAUUAGAACCGGGCUCUUUACCCCAGACAUGGCCUUUGAGACCAUUGUGAAAAAGCAGGUGAAGAAGAUCCGAGAACCUUGUCUCAAGUGUGUGGACAUGGUUAUCUCGGAGCUAAUCAGCACCGUUAGACAGUGCACCAAGAAGCUCCAGCAAUACCCCCGGCUGCGGGAGGAGAUGGAGCGUAUUGUGACCACCCACAUCCGGGAGCGCGAGGGUCGCACCAAGGAGCAGGUCAUGCUCCUCAUCGAUAUUGAGCUGGCUUACAUGAAUACCAACCAUGAGGACUUCAUAGGCUUUGCCAAUGCUCAGCAGAGAAGCAACCAGAUGAACAAGAAGAAGGCUUCAGGGAACCAGGUCAUCCGGAAGGGCUGGCUGACCAUCAACAAUAUUGGCAUCAUGAAGGGAGGCUCCAAGGAGUAUUGGUUUGUGCUGACUGCCGAGAAUCUGUCCUGGUAUAAGGAUGACGAGGAGAAAGAGAAGAAGUACAUGCUCUCCGUGGAUAACCUGAAGUUGCGGGACGUGGAGAAGGGCUUCAUGUCCAGCAAGCACAUCUUUGCCCUCUUCAACACGGAACAGAGGAAUGUCUACAAGGAUUAUCGGCAGCUGGAGCUGGCCUGCGAGACACAGGAGGAGGUGGAUAGCUGGAAGGCCUCCUUUCUAAGGGCUGGCGUGUACCCUGAGCGUGUUGGGGACAAAGAGAAAGCCAGUGAGACGGAGGAGAAUGGCUCGGACAGCUUCAUGCACUCCAUGGACCCACAGCUGGAGCGGCAGGUGGAGACCAUCCGGAACUUGGUGGAUUCAUACAUGGCCAUCGUCAACAAGACUGUCCGGGACCUCAUGCCCAAGACGAUCAUGCAUCUCAUGAUCAACAACACCAAGGAAUUCAUCUUCUCGGAGCUGCUGGCCAACCUGUAUUCGUGCGGGGACCAGAACACACUGAUGGAGGAGUCGGCCGAGCAGGCGCAGCGGCGCGACGAGAUGCUGCGCAUGUACCACGCACUGAAAGAGGCGCUCAGCAUCAUCGGCGACAUCAACACGACCACUGUCAGCACGCCCAUGCCCCCGCCUGUGGACGACUCCUGGCUGCAGGUGCAGAGCGUACCGACCGGACGCAGGUCACCCACGUCCAGCCCCACGCCGCAGCGCCGAGCCCCUGCCGUGCCCCCAGCCCGGCCCGGGUCGCGGGGCCCUGCUCCUGGGCCUCCGCCUGCUGGGUCCGCCCUGGGGGGAGCGCCCCCCGUGCCCUCCAGGCCGGGGGCUUCCCCUGACCCCUUCGGUCCUCCCCCCCAGGUGCCCUCGCGCCCCAACCGCGCCCCGCCCGGGGUCCCCAGAAUCACUAUCAGUGACCCCUGAGGAGCGUCAGCCACGCAGGAAGGGCCCAGCCUCACCUACACGACCUGCGGUCCCCCGACCAGCUGAGGCUCCCCUGUUAGACUUAUAAGCCUGUGGCCACUGGCAUCCGGCCGCCUGCCCUCCCUGCCUCCCCAGGGUCCCUUCGAGGGACUCACGGGCUUUCCGCCCACCCAGAAGGGCCUCUAGUGCUCCCUCCAGCCAUGCUGUUAGCUUUAGCCUCCUGGUUCGAACAGUGUUCUUUUUUUUCCUGUCUUUCUCCAUCAGGUCUGGGGGCUGUUGCGUGGGGCUCACGGCCCCACACCCCCUGAGGCUAGGGAUGGCCCCAGGCCAGUGGGUUGAAAGACAUGGGGAGGGAGGCCAGAGAAGAGGGACGUCAGAGGGGGCCGAGCAUGUGUCUGGAGCUGUGGGUGCACUGCCUGGUUGGUGUGUGAGAGAACAGCGUGAGUGGUGGGGUGGGGGCUGCCCCCAGCUUUACUCCAGGCCCCCGUGAAGCUCUGGCCCCUGCCCAUCUCCAGUUUCUUCCCUUCCACCUUCCCUUUCUCGUCUCUCUCCUCUCUUCUAGAACCCUUGCCCAUGCCCUCGUCUCCCCCCGCCACCUCCGGACUUGGCUGCCUUUGCCUUACCAGCUCUCUCCUGCUUUUCUCUUUCCCAUUCUCUCUUUGCUUUCUCUCCAACUGCCAGCCGAUCGGGUCAGGCAAGUCCAUCCCGUCCUGAGAGCCCCAGGCCCCCCUUCGACCUCUAAUCAGAUCCCUCCUAUUCCUCGGAGACCUCCCUUUCCAAGCCUGCCCGGACGGCUGUUCUGUGACUUGACAGUGGCUACCCAGCCCCCAGAGCCUCCCCUCCACCUGUGACUUAGUCUGUUGUAGUGGUGAGCUGACACAUCCAGGCGUGAUGUUGGUGAAACUUCGUGCCCCUCUGUGGUCUUGCUCCUGCCCCGUUCUAUAAAUAUCUAUAAAUACUCAUAUAUAUAUACAAACAUAGCUAUGGCCAAGCCUCACCUCUGGUGUUGGGAAUCAAUCACCGUGCUGUCCUUGAGGAAUCUUGUAGCCCAACUACAAGGGAACACUGUCACCCUGACAUCCCCCUCCAAAGCGUGCCACCUCCAAUGAGCCCCAGUGUCAUGCCCGGCCUGUGGACAGCCAGCCCCCUCUGCCUUCCUCCUGUCCCAACCCCCUCCUCGGGCGUGGGGGUGCUGUGCUGGCAGCUAUAUGGUUCUCUGACCGCUACCAGUCUUGCUGUCUCUCGGCUGAGAAUAAAACCCAUUUCUGGACAAUGGGGAACAGCGUGUCCUCUGCGGCCUUGUGUUCGCUGCUGUGGCGCUUGGGGGGAGGUAAAGGUUUAAACAUUGCGGUGAGGGAUGGGAGAGGGCCCAGCUAUUGAUACAAUGCUUUAAGAUGUUGAGGGGCGGGGAAAGCCCCAUCCUUUCCGAGGCCUACUGGGAAAGCACCUGGAGUCAGCUGAUCCUGCGAACCCUGCUCUGGCCACCAGGGGGCCCGGGAGGAGAGGCGCGAGCCGGCCAGGCACUGUGGAGGAACAGGGUGAUGGAAUGGAAAACACUUGAGCCGGAAGUCAGCACUUGGUGCUGUGGCACUCUGCUUUCCCUCCCUGAGAUCAGAUCCAGCUUCUGAGUCACUCCACUAUUAAGGCAGGACGGCCCCUGAGAGCCCCUUGGGAGUCCCCCUGGGGUCCCCCAGGCUUCACCAGGCAGCAAUGGGUGACAGGCCUCAAAA